AUGACGGUGUCCAUGCCUGGCUACGCUGCUGUGCCGCACCUGGUGUACACCCAGCACGUAGCCAUGGUGACCCCUACAGCUGCUGUGCAGGCGCUGCUGCCGGAGGUUAUGAUGCCCACUGUGACGCCGCCACCUGGUUUUGCCGCUCCUGCUGCAGCCCCGGACUUCUGGUGUCCCAAGAGCUCUCCCCUGGACCUUCCUCCUGUGCAGAGGAUGCUGCUGGUUUCUGCCCUGCCUCCUGUUCCUGAGUAUUCUGCCACUCCAGUUUUGGUACCAGUUCCUGCCGCCGUCAUUCCUGCCCAUGGUGUUGCUGCUCCCACCCCAGGUCCUUCCGGACAGUUGAAUUUAGAAAGUCAGGUAGUGUCAGGAAUAGUGAAACUUGCAGGUGUUGAAAGUUUGCCCGUUGAUGGCGUUGACAUUAGUGUCCGUAAUGACUUAGCUUUAUCCAAGAAUGUGAAUCCUGUUGUGAGGGAUAUUCCGGUGCCUGAAAGGCAGUAA